AUGCUGCAGAAGAAUGUCAGAGACUGCAGACAUACUACCGGAGAUUGUCAGAGUCUGUGGGCAUGCUGCAGCUUGGAGCGGCACCAUAAGAUAUACUUUUCACUAUGUACCAUAGACAGGGGCGGACUGACUAUUUGGAAACUCGGGCACUGCCCGAGGGCCCGGGGUCAGUAGGGGGCCCCAUGAGAUGCCCCUGGUACCUUUUUCAUAGGCUUUUUUGAGUUUGGGCAAGGACACAGGGGCCCCAUGAUCCCCUAUUGCCCGGGGGCCCCAUGAGUUGUCAGUCCGCCCCUGACCAUAGAUGAGC